CCACCCAGCCCCUCUCCUUUCCGAUCCGCUCGUAAUCGUAGUCCAGAGGAUGAACUCUCUACUGAAAUGGGCGCUGAUCCUCUUUGUCCUCAUCUCCGUCAUCCUCAACAUCGUGCUGAUCAGCGUCUACUCUGGCAGGGCGCCCAAAUGCUCCAGCCAGCAUCUCCAUCCCUUGCAGGGGAAACACGACGAGCGCAGCCAGGUGUUCGCCGACCUCAGCCGGGAUGAGUACUUGCAGGUCCAACAGUACAUGCUCAAGCAGAAGGACCUGGAUAUCUCUACGCUCCAGACCACCAAGCCUUCGCAGAAUUUCUUAUUCCUGAUAGAUCUGUCUCUGCCCAAGAAAGCGGACGUGCUGGGUUACUUGGACGGAAAGAGCUCCAAGCCAGUGAGAGAGGCGACAGCGGUGGUGUUUCACGGCACCAAGGGCCACAUCAAGGAGUACGUAGUGGGACCUCUGCCAAACCCGGUUUACCACAGGGAUGUCACCAUGGAGAAGUACAAGAAAGAGCUGCCCAUCAAUGCGCGUAUACUCCCCCUCAUUGAAUAUGUUUUGCUAUUUAGCUUCGUUGAAAAAGAGGUGUUCUCCAAACUCGUAAAGCUCAAGAAGGAGAGCUUUGAUAUAGGUCAGGACAACAACCUGAAGGCAUUUUAUCAGAUGCCACCUGGAGUCAAGUCUGGUGACAGAAAAACCUGGAUAUCUUUUUUCAGAGAUUUAAGUGGUAUGUACAUCCACCCAGUUGGCUUCGAGGUGCUGGUCAACCAUGAGAGCGUAAACACAUAUGACUGGAGAGUGGAGCGGCUACUUUAUAACGGCCAGUACUUUGAUACAGUUGAGGAACUUAAACAGAAAUAUGAUUCAGGCUCCGUGAAGAAAAUCGUGUUCAAGGAAAGUCGCAACUACGGUAGCCUGAAACCACAGCGCAAACCGCUGCAGCUCAGCCCGCAGCAGUUUUACGCAGAGGGAAAGCGCUUCAGCGUCAAGAAUAACCACAUCCUGUACCUGGACUGGAGCUUCGCCUUUGGCCUGAGCUCCCUCACGGGCAUGAGGGUGUUCGAUGUGCGCUUCAAAGGUGAGCGGAUCGCAUAUGAGCUCAGCGUCCAGGAAGCCAUGUCGGUGUACGGCUCAGUGACAGCGGGCAUGAUUCUGACCAAGUUCUUGGACUCCAGCAUGGGCAUUGGCCGCUUUGCUCAUGAACUGACCCGUGGGGUGGAUUGUCCCUACGAUGCCACCUACAUCGACACGUACCGCUACAUCGACAUGGAAGCCCCGACCAGGUACAGAAACUCCAUCUGCGUCUUUGAGCACAACAUGGGUCAACCUCUGCGCAGGCACUUCGCUGACUUCUUCCACAACAGCUACGGAGGGAUGGUGAACAGUGCCCUGGUGUUCAGGACCAUCACGGCCAUAGGAAACUACGACUACAUUUGGGAUUUCAUCUUCUACCAGAGCGGCUCCGUGGAGGCCAAGGUGCAUGCCUCCGGCUACAUCUCCUCCUCCUACCUGGUGAAUGGCAGCCUGCAAUUUGGCCACCAAGUGGCUGAAAAUGUCCUGGGCAACAUCCACACCCAUUUCAUCAAUUUCAAAGUGGACCUGGAUGUGCUGGGAGUGAAGAACGUAUUCCAGACCAAAGACAUGGAGUUUGUCAACAUGUCACUGCCCUGGAUGCCUGAGCAUUACGCCAUGAUCCCUCAGCUGGUGGAAAAACAGCUUCAAACAGAAAAGGAGGCAGCUCUGUGUUACGACAAAAAGACUCCUCGCUACCUGCACAUCGCCAGCAACCAGACGAACCGCUGGGGUCACCAGCGCUCCUACCGGCUCCAAGUGGUCAGCUUUGCCGGUGAACACCUGCCAGAGAGUCAGCCUGAGGAGAGGGCCAUGUCCUGGGCCAGGUAUAAGGUGGCCAUCACUAAGCAUAAGGACACAGAGCAGACCAGCAGCAGUCUUUACAGUCAAAACGACAUCUGGAGUCCAGCUGUGGACUUCAGCAGCUUCAUUGAGGACAAUGAAAGCAUCGAAGAUGAGGACUUGGUUGCCUGGGUGACCACCGGCUUCCUCCACAUCCCGCAUGCCGAGGAUAUCCCCAACACAGUAACUGUGGGCAACGGGGGCGGGGUCAUCCUGCGGCCCCACAACUACUUUGACGAGGACCCAUCCAUCCAGUCUGCUGACUCAGUGUACAUCAGCCCGGGUUCCGAGUAUAGCUGCGAAAACAACAGGAUGGCCUGCCUUGCUCAAGACAUCUGCAGCCCCGUGUUCGAACCUUUCACCUACAACAGCUUCGAAGGAGUCAUGAAGUUUGAUGAGUGAUGCUUCUUAGUAGUCUAGCCGACAUGGGCAACAGUUAAAAGACCAUCCCACUUUUUUGUUGCUGUUUUUUUGGUUUUGUCCCAUGUACCACACUGUGUGUAUACUUCACAUUAGUACCGACAGUUUGCCAAAGCGUAGGCCGCCGUACAUAUUUAGAUUUCUGAAUGUGUUUUUGGUGCUUGUGUGCCAGAGGACCACCACAUAUCAAAUCACUGUGCACAAUGCUAAACUAACUCUGGCAAAAAUGAAUUAGGAUCAGGAUGUUCACUGUAAUGGAUUAGCUAUCUCAAGUUCCAAGGCUCUGUAAUGUGAUUUUAACACCAUAAAGAAAUGAGUGAAAUUUUUUAAAAACUAAACAGUCAUGCUUCAGAAAAUGCUCAGUAGUAAUGUAAAGUAUGCAUUCAUUAUAGAAGAUUGGUUAAAAUAUACCAAAAACAGAAUGGCCCCUUAAUUUGAGAACAGUUUUAGAUUUUAUGUAAUGUUCAACACGUUUAAGCUUCACUAUGCAAGAUUUUUAGACAAAAAUACAGCCAUUUUUAUAAGCCCAAGUCACAAAGGUGGGCACAGAAGUCCUGAACAUGCAGUCCCUCAACCUUUCAAAAAAUUUAGUUAUCGCUCACUACUGUUUAAAUUUGCCAAAUGUAGCUUUCAGAUGACUUUAUAGUUAGAUCUUCACUGAUGUGCUGCUAUCAGUAAAUUGCCACUUUGGGCCCCUGAGGGCACCAUUUAUUUGAAUUCAUUCUAAUGCUGUUUUGAAAUCCUUUAAAAAUCCCACUUAAACCAAACAAAAUGAAUUAUGUCAUAGGUGACCCAAGUAAUCAUUUUUCAUCCCGUUUCAGGGGGCAGACUUUCCAAGAAGUGGUUCAGCUUUCAGCAUUUCUUUGCCAAAAAAAAAAAAAAAAAAA